AUAGAUACCUGGAGUAGGUUCAAAUACCUAGGUAGCUAUAAGUAGCUACGUAUGUAGAAAUAGUCUUUGGACUUGAGCUGUGUUUAUCAUUGUAGAUACAUGUAUAUACAAACAUUACAAGUGCAAAUAUUCUAUUCCUCAGUGGAUUGAAUUAUAUGUGUCAACUGUUUCUUGUAGGAAUGUUUUGUUUGCAAAGUGGAUGAGUUUCAACACACAUCAAAGAAGAGAUUUCAAGUGCAUGACCAUGACAUUGUGAUCAUUCAACAAGGGAACUUUUUUGCUCUAGAUAGCUUUUGUUAUCAUGCAGGAGGACCCCUAUACAUGGGCGAUAUUGAGGACUUCAAUGGGCUAUCUUGCUUGGUUUGUCCAUGGCACAAAUACAAAGUCCACAUAGAGACUGGCAACAUGAUGUACCAGUCAAUAGAGCCUCAUAAUCCUAAGAAACCCCCUGUGUGGAAAAGCAGUGGCCAAAAACAGCGCCUUCAUAGAGUAACAGUACGGGAUAAAAGUUUGUAUGUCACCUUCUCGGACUGUACGGGUGAUUUACAAUCUGAUCAGUACAACACCAAAGAGUACCGACAGAAAUGGAAAGAUAAUAGUUAAACCCAUACAUGUGAUAUGUACUGGCUGUACACAAAGAGUAAAGACAGAAGUGGAAAGAUAAUAGUUAAAUCCGUACAAGUGCUAUGUGCUAGCUGUACAAAAAAAUGUCACAUUUUUUUACCCUACUCACAGGAUCAUGGCGGUACACCAAACUUCACAGGAAUAAAACAUUGGGAACUUACAAUUCUUCAGUGCUGUCCUAUGCAGCAUACUGUGUCCACAGAGGCUUAGGUACUGAUCAACCAUGCCGUCACAAGUACCAAUGUUGGAAAAGUGAGAAUACAGUAUGUUCUAUUGUUCCACUGGAACAUUUGAACUUCAUAUAAACUCACAGUACUCGGACAGAAGUGUAUGAUUAUACAUGUAUGUGGUGAAUCUCAUCAAUGAUAACUGUAUACAACUGAUACCAGAUACCUGCCUCUAUCACGAAUUAAUAUGAAUUGCUUUCAUACUGGCAUCAGUAGACUCGGUGUAAUGUAAAAUAUUGAACUACUUUGAUUAACA